AGCAACACAAAAACCUACGUUAGGGUUCUUCUGUCAUUUGUGAUAAAGCAGAGGGAAACAAAACCUCCUCUAUACUACACUAUCUUUGCCGCCUCCUGUUAUCUCACAGCAACCAUGAUUAUCCCAGAGAAGAACCGCCGCGAGAUCUCCAAGUACCUCUUCCAAGAGGGUGUUUGCUAUGCAAAGAAAGAUUACAACUUGGCUAAGCACCCAGAAAUCGAUGUUCCGAAUCUUCAAGUAAUAAAGCUGAUGCAAAGCUUCAAAUCUAAGGAAUACGUGCGUGAAACUUUCGCUUGGAUGCAUUAUUACUGGUACCUUACCAAUGAUGGCAUUGAGUUCUUAAGGACUUACCUGAAUCUCCCUUCUGAGAUCGUGCCCGCUACUUUGAAAAAGCAAGCUAAGCCUCCUGGCCGUCCUAUGGGACCUUCUGGUGAUCGACUACGUGGUCCACCACGCUUUGGUGAUGGUGAGAGGAGAUUUGGUGACAGAGAUGGAUACCGUGGAGCUCCACGAGGAGGAAGUGAUUUUGGUGACAAAGGAGGAGCUCCUGCUGACUAUCAGCCUUCAUUUAAGGGUCCUGGAUCGAGGCCAGCCUUUGGUCGUGGAGGUGGUGGUUAUGGUGGUGCUGGACCUGCAAGCGGUGCAGGUCUUCCUUGAUAUGAAAGAUUUUCCAUGACAGAUAAUUGUCAGUUUAGGCUUGUUGGUACUUGGGAGUUGAUAGAAAGAUUGUCGUGAAUGUUUUAAUCAUUUUAGUUGAAUUUAGGACCAAAUUUUUUCUUGCCAAUACGCAUAUUUUGCGGUGCUCAUUGUUGCGCUGGGAUACUGAAAAUUUCAUUCAAGAUUUUGAAGGUUGAACUUAUAAUAUAAUGGAGUACUGAUAUUAUUACA